UUGGUAAACGAGACACAUCCUGCAGGUCAAAUGCACAGGAAUAUGAAGAGAUCCAGCUGCAGCUCACUUGGACAAGAGAUCGGCACACCAGGCAAUGUGAUGGAUUGGGCUCAAAGUCGCUCCCAAGGUCUUGGAAGCAUGAAGACUGUGCUUUUUUUCCUGUACAUUUUGGGAACUGCAGCAGCAAUCCCGACAAAUGCAAGGUUCCUAUCUGACCAUUCCCAACCAACUGCUGAGUCCUUGAGUUCCAUCCAACAGGCUGAACUGUUAGUAACACCUGGCGACACUACGGUGCCCAUUUUAGGGGGUGAAGAUGCAGAAGAUGAAAAGGAAACUAUGGUAUCUGUAGAAGAGCAGCCCAACAAUAAGGCUGAAAAAUCUGCAGUACAAAAGUUAAAGGAGAAAAAUCAUGACCAGUCAGCAGAUCAGGGAUUACAGGAUCAAGAGGAAAGUGAAAGUGACUUAACUGAGAAUUUAGAGGACGCACUUGCUGGAGGUACAUUGGACCUAAAAGAAGAUACGAGUGAGCCUCAAAAGGAAAAACUCCCAGAGAAUAUUGAUUUCCUUGCUCCUGAUGUUAGUCCCACUGUAGAUUCUAACCAACAAGAAAGCAUCACAAACACAGAGGAAAACCAAGAGCAGCUUAUAACUGAUUCACAUCAUCAUCUAAACAGGAGCAGCAAACAUGGUGAAGACCUAGGUGAUGAAGAAAACCAAGAGCAGGAUCCAAACAUUCCAAAUGGAGAAGAGGAAGGGACGAGACUAGAGCCGAGCGGAGUUGGUACCCACAAUGAUAACCAAGAAAGGGAGGGAGAAUUUCCCCAGGAGCAUUCUAACAGCAAGCAGGAAGAAGACACUACCCGAUCUGGUGAUAUUUUGGAAGAGUCCAGUCAACCAACUCAAGUAAGCAAGAUGCAGAAAGAUGAAUUUGAGGAGGGUCACCAAGAACAAGAAGAGGAUAACUCCAAUGAAGAAAUGGAAGAGGAAACUGCAUCAAAAAUCAAGAAGCACAAUCAAGAUACUGAAUGGCAGAGCCAAGAGGGAAAAGCUGGCCUUGAAGUUAUCAGCAACCCUGAGGAGAUGGAGAAAAAGACUGUUUCUGAGGCUUUACUCGCAGAGCCUGCUGCUGGUGGUGAUGAUGGCCCCAGGCACAGUGCAAGUGACGACUACUUCCUCCCAAGCGAGGCCUUCCAGGAGGCUGAAAGGGCUACUUCCGACAGCUAUCACAUCAAAUAUGAGGAGCAAAGAGAAAGAGCUCGUGAGAAUGAGAAUGAAGAUGCCAGUGAACCUGGAGAAUCCCAAGGGGCCAAAAAAGCAGAGAGCCCACUGAAUGAAGAUGAAAGUUCAACUGAAGGCAACAUUAGGGUAUACGAUGUUGAUUCUUGCAUGAACUUCCAGUGUAAAAGAGGACACAUGUGCAAGGCUGACCAGCAGGGAAAACCCCACUGUGUUUGCCAAGAUCCAAUGACUUGUCCCCCUACAAAACCCCUUGACCAGGUUUGUGGCACUGACAAUCAGACCUAUGCUAGCUCCUGCCAUCUGUUUGCUACUAAGUGCAGACUGGAGGGGACCAAAAAGGGGCACCAACUGCAGCUGGAUUACUUCGGAGCCUGCAAAUCUAUUCCUACUUGUACGGACUUUGAAGUGACUCAGUUCCCUCUAAGAAUGAGAGACUGGCUCAAGAAUAUCCUCAUGCAACUUUAUGAGCCUAACCCUGAACAUGCUGGAUAUUUAAAUGAGAAGCAGAGAAAUAAAGUCAAGAAAAUUUACCUGGAUGAAAAGAGACUCUUGGCUGGGGACCAUUCCAUUGACCUUCUCUUAAGGGACUUUAAGAAAAAUUACCACAUGUAUGUGUACCCUGUACACUGGCAGUUCAGUGAACUUGACCAACAUCCUAUGGACAGAGUCUUGACACAUUCGGAGCUCGCUCCUUUGCGAGCAUCCCUGGUGCCCAUGGAGCACUGCAUCACCCGCUUCUUUGAUGAGUGUGACCCCAACAAGGAUAAGCACAUCACCCUGAAGGAGUGGGGCCACUGCUUUGGGAUUAAAGAAGAAGACAUAGAUGAAAACCUCCUGUUUUGAAUUAAGAUCUGAAAAAACUCAAACUUCCCAGCAUCCUCCUCUAUGCUGACCACUUCUGAAAUCCAUGCAGCUGUGAUACGUGUAGAUUUAUAUUUAGCAGAAUGUUUGCAUGUCUGAGAAGACAAUGAGAGUAAUUGCUUGAUAACUGUAUAUGCACCAGCCAUUUAACAUUGAUGUUGGAAAUAAGACUUUAACCUUAAGUGAAGUUGAUAUAUGCAAAAUGCUGUAUGCUGUUUGUAAACAGUUUAACUCAUCACACUGUAUCAAUUUAUGAGAUACGUCCUUUUGUCUGUAAUACCAUGUGCAUGUCGAGAAAAUGCAACAAUGCCCUUUUGUUGUGAAUGUGUAUUAUUUUCCAUGUAUUAAUACCCUAAUAAAAUCCAUAGAAAUCCAA